UUUUGCAAGGAAAGAAGAGAAGAGAAAAAAGCUUUGCCAUAAGUUUUGGCUGUGCUGGGUGGCUGCGUCGCCGUCGUGCCGGCCCGGCAACCCCGAGUUGGCUCCAGAUGGCCGAGAGAAUCGAGCAGACGAGACCGAGUUUUUUGGCCGGGCCGGCCAGAGAAGAGAAAAGACCUCUUUCGGAAGGAAGCAACGACGAAACUUGGGUGAAAGACUCACAAAAGAGGGUCGUCGGGAUGCACGUAGGGGGCUGCUGCGAGAUAUGAUCUUGGGCGCUGCUCGGGCUUGAGAAUUUGGCGACCCAGUACGCCAGAUCUCUCGAGCCGCGAGGAAAAAUCCAGUUUUGAUGGGUCUAGAGGCGGCGGCGGCGGUGGAUCCAGCGGGUGCUGGCUUCAUGGACUACUUCCCGGUGAUGGCCAGGCGGUUGGGCGAGCAGGACUUCAUGGAGGAGCUGUGCAAGGGGUUCGAGCUCCUGGCGGACCCGGCGACGGGGACGAUCACGCUGGGCAGCCUCAAGAGGAAUGCGGCGCUGCUAGGGCUGGAGGAGCUGGGCGAGGAGGAGCUCCGGGCGAUGGUGGUGCAGGGGGACUACGACGGUGAUGGCGCGCUCAACCAGCACGAGUUUUGCAUCCUCAUGGUGAGAAUGAGCCCGUCGCUGCUGUGCGAGGCCGAGGAGUGGCUCGAGGAUGCCAUCGGGGACGAGCUCCUCGAGGAAUUUGGGUAUUGGGCCAUGGACGAGGACGACUGCGGCGCAGGUUCUCUGUAGCCACUCCGCUGUGGGGACGAAGAACGAAUAUUCGCCCUGGGUAGCAUAGGCCUGAAUAUUCGCUAGGGCUGGAUAUUCCUUGGGAUAUUUUUGUUCUGGUGGGUGGUUUCCAUCGUUGGAAUCAAUAUAACGUUUCUUGAAAGAAA